UGAUAAUAAUGAUAAUAAAAACAAUCUAUUCAAUAUACACUUAUCAUCAUCAUCAUCAACAUCAUCACUCUCAACAUCACCAUCAUCAACAUCCUCAUCAACAUCAACAUCAACAUCAACCUCAACAUUAAUUGAAGUGUAAUACACAUUACACAUAUUAGAAUAACUAGUAACUAAAAGUUAAUCAAAGUAUAUUAGUCUACUUAUAUUUAUACAAAACGAGUAGUAUCAUCUAUCAAUAAAUAAAUAAUUUGUUUAUUUAUUAUUUAAGUCCAUUAUUAUUAUUAUUAUUUACAAUAAUCAUUUUAAUCAUUCAAAUGAAUACAUCAUCAAAAUCCGAUAAUUUUCUUGCACAAUUUAAAGAUAUUAAUUCAAAUUCAUUAAAAUAUUUUACUGCUGCACAAUUUGUUGAAGUAUGGAAUCAUUAUGAUACUGAUGGCAAUGGUUAUAUUGAAGGUUCAGAAUUGGAUAAUUUUCUACGUGAAUUCAUCUAUAGUGUAUUUUCUGAAGAAUUAGGAAAUGAGACAAUACCUAGCGAUGAGUUGGAAUUGAUGAAAAAAGAAUUUAUGGAGGCAUUCGAUGAAAAUUCUGACAAUCGAAUUGAGCUUACUGAAAUGGCUAAAAUUUUACCAACUGAAGAAAAUUUUAUUCUGUUGUUUCAUCGGGAUAAUCCAUUGGAUUCAAGUGUUGAAUUUAUGAGAGUGUGGAAACGUUUUGAUAAAGAUAGAAGUGGAUAUAUUGAAGCUGAUGAAUUGAAAUCAUUUCUUCUACACUUAUUGAAAGAAGCAAAACCGGAAACUAAUAUUGAAGAAGGAAAAUUAAUUGAGUAUACUUCAUCCAUCCUCCAGUUAUUCGAUCAAAAUAAAGAUGGUAAACUUCAACUCAGUGAAAUGGCAAGACUACUUCCUGUUAAAGAGAAUUAUUUAUGCAGACCAAUUUUCAAGAAUGCUUCGAAAAUUACAUCAGCUGAUAUUGAUCGAGCAUUUUCACUUUAUGAUCUUGAUGCAAAUGGUACAAUAGAAGAUGAAGAAUUAUCAGGAUUCCUUAAAGAUUUAUUGGAAUUAGCUCAAGAAGAUUAUGAUGAAGCUGAUUUGGAAUUCUUUAAAAAAGUCAUAUUAAAUCAAUGGGAUGUAAAUAAUGAUGGGAAAAUUAAUCGUGAUGAAUUAAAAAUGAUGCUUAUGCAACAAUCUCGUCUGUUAGGUGAUAGAUUAUGAAAAUUUAUCUAAUUAUUUAUUCAUUAUUAUUAUUAUUAUUAUUAUUAUCACUAUUCAGUAUUUAUGUUAUCCAUUUUCAAACGAAAGAAAAAAGAAACAAAUUGAGGAGACAAUCUCAACGAAAUAAAGAAGUGUAUUUCUACCUCGAUGAUGACUCCUCACACAUUCACUCUUUCCCACUCUCUCUCUACCCCCCUAGUUUUUUUUCAUUCAAUAAUGCAGUCAUACCUUCCUUCUAAUUUUCUCUUCCUUCUCUAUCAAUCGGUCAAUCAUUCUCUAUAGUUUAUUAAUAUUAACUUUCAUUUUUUAUUUCAUGAAGCCCAUUUUAUUGCAUAAUUGGUUCCGCUUAUUUUAAAUUUUAAAAAACACACAAAAAGUGUAUCUGUAUUCAUAAAAGUUUAAUUGAUUUUUCAUUCAUUUCAUUAUUAUCUACAAUUGUAUUUCAUCAUUAAUGAAAUAGUAAUAAAUAACAUGGUGAUAAUAAUAAUAAUAA